AGAUUUGAUUGGUUUUUUUCUUUAAUUUUCUAGAAUUAUUAUUAUUCUAGGAAGGUGAUCGAUCUCAAACUAUGGAAUGGAAAAAUUAUAUAAUCAAUCAGUGCCUCGCCAGCGUUUACUACAUACCCGACUUCAUCACCCCGCAAGAGGAAUCCUAUCUUCUGUCCCAGGUCGACAAAACCCCUAAGCCAAGAUGGACUCAAUUGUCACGUCGUCGCUUAAUUAACUACGGCGGUGUUCCACAUCCUAAAGGAAUGAUAGCAGAGCCAAUGCCUUCGUGGCUGCAAAGUUACGUUGAUAAGAUCAAUCAACUCAACGGUGUAUUUGAGGACGGGAAAAAGGCCAAUCAUGUGUUGGUGAAUGAAUACCUUUCUGGUCAAGGAAUUAUGCCUCAUUCGGUUGGUCCAUUGUUUCAUCCUACGAUCACUACCAUCUCGUGUGGCUCUCAUACGGUACUGGAGUUCCAUGAACCACAAGAAAGCGACGACACGGCAGCUUCAAUGCAAAGAGUUCCUGUUACUAAACUGUUCAUUGAGCAAAGAAGUUUACUGAUCCUUAAGGACGACAUGUAUAACAAAUAUCUGCACUCCAUUGCCGAGGUGGAUCAAGAUGUAGUGGACGAAAAUAUUUCAAACCUGUCAAGAAUCAAUUGCCAGGAUACCAAAAUCCAAGCGGGAGAUGUACUCAAACGAAAGACACGAAUUUCAUUCACUAUUCGGCAUGUGCCAAAGACAUCAAAGAUGAAAAUAAAAUUAUUUUAGGCUAGUUGUUGGUUUUA